CGUCAAUCAAACGCAUAACCAAUCAAAUAUCCAAUUAAGAUUCAAUCACCUCUCAAGAUGCCAUCUCCAUUCUCCAUUGAUCGUCGUGCACUUUGCCAACACGCCGACUAUCGAGUAGGCUGCUUGUCUUGCAGCGCUGACGACAUGCGCAGCGAGCUUAAAGAGGCUGUUACAGAGAGCAGCAAUCGAGGAAAAUCAAUGAGGGAUUAUCAAGCUCUUCUCGUAGCCACCGCUGUUUGCGGCAGCGAUAGAGAAUGCUUUAUUGCAAAGCUGGAAAGAAUCACAAAGCAAUGCGCGGCAUGGGAUGAGCGUUGCCAAGUGCUGAAGAAAAUGGUUGCCUCUGUAGAGGCACAAGUCAAAGAUGUGUGCAAUCGCACUGACCCAAAUGCACUCUCGGAAGCAUUCGAGUACAACGCAACGGAGCGCGAAGAUGAACUCCGGCAAAUAUGGCGCAAUGCUGCGAAGAGUAAGGUUGAUGACGGAUUCGUUCUCUUCUGCUCAGAGGAUCCCACAUGCGAGCUGCCAUUCAAGGGUAUAGACCGCUCCAAUAUUCCGGCGACCGCAGACACGCUGGUGAGUGAUGGGAUUGGCCUCGAAGUAUUUCUCAAAGCUGGCAAAGCUUCCCAGAGGCUGCCAAAUACGUCAGUAGGUGACCGGACUGACCCAUCUAUCAUGAGUUAUGGUCGCGCUCUUGAGAUGUUCGGUGUGCCAGAUGGGCCUGGGAACGACUGGCGCCAAGCAAGCGAGUCAAGUACAGAGCCUGUGGUAAGGGAGAUACUGGCGCAGGUCGAUAUCACGGAAAUAACAUCAAAAGCCGAGAAGCAAGAGGCAAGAACCGAGUACGAUUACCAGAGACUGCGCGAUUGGCAACCUCCAACCACUCCGUUGUUGUCAGAAGACCAACAAUGGGCUCUUUUCGGCAGCAAGAAGCAUAUGGCAGAUGCGGCUAUCCUUGCUCGUCAAUAUGCUAAGCUAGUGGCCGAAAAAGAGCGCGACGGGAGCUCAACGGCAACUCCUGUAACAUCAGAGAAUCCUACCGAGACUACAACAAAUAGUGGAUGGCCACCAGUUGAUCAACUCGAUUGGGCGGGACUCACAAACUGGUUAUCCCGCUGCAAACAGGUGGACAAAGCCUUCGGAAGAGAGACUCUCCCGUCUUGGAACAAGCAACGAGAGCAACGCCGAGCCACGGUAGUAGCCCAACUCAAGGCAUGGGUGCCUCCCCAAGGAUUCGAUGACGGUUCGUCGAGCCACCAGCACCCGACAAAGUUCUACACCGGCACACCUCUUUGCAUCCUCGAUGCAAAGAAACUUGGCUUGAACGUGCAACCCGCCAAACGCUAGGCUCUACCUGCGAUCCUUUCAACUACAUGCUAUUGAUUAAUUUCUCUAGCUCCUCUCAACUACAUGCUAUUGAUUUAGUUCUCUAGCUCCUCUCAACUACUUGCUAUUGAUUCAGUUCUCUAGUUUCUUAUACUAGCUAUUAAUAAAGCUCUUAGAGCUUUCUUCUUUAGAGUAAUUAAUUACUUAUUUUACGCUUGACGUGCAUCAACAACGCAAUAACUACUUCUAC